ACUGGGCUUCCUUGAAACCUGGGCCAAAGGUCGGCUGCCCAUGGGCUUUCAGAACCGCCGCUUCACGCUGUUCCCAGCCAAGCCUGCACCCGCGGGAUCCCUGAGGGCCUCUGGUUGGUCUCGAUGGAGCUCCCCCUGGUCCCUGCUGCUUCUGCUGCUUCUGCGGCUGUCUGCAGUGUCCUCCACAGAGAAGGACUGGCAGUGCCCACGCACACCCUACGCGACCGCCCAUGACUUUGACGUGAGGUAUGUAGUGCCCCGUUUCUCCGCCGCCGGCCCAGUGCAAGCCGUACUGACUUAUGAGGGUGGCCCGGAUGGCAAUGCUGUGUUUGUGGCCACACGCAAUCGCCUGCACGUGCUUGGGCCUGACCUGCAGUUUGUGGAGAGUGUGGCCACCGGCCCUGCCGGAGACCCGAGCUGCCAGACCUGUGUGACCUGUGGACCAGGCCCCCAUGGGCCACCAGGUGACACAGACACACUGGUGCUGGUGCUGGAGCCUGGGCUUCCCGCACUCGUCAGCUGUGGCUCUAGCCUGCAGGGCCGCUGCUUCCUGCAUGAGCUGGAGCCCCAAGAAACAGCCUUGCACCUGGUGGCACCAGCCUGCCUCUUCUCUGCCCUCGGAAACCUGCCUGAGGACUGCCCUGACUGUGUGGCUAGCCCCCUGGGUACCCGAGUGACUGUGGUUGAGCAGGGCCAGGCCUCUUACUUCUAUGUGGCAUCCUCAUUGAACACCACGGUGGCUGCUAGCUUUAGCCCCCGCUCUGUGUCCAUCCGACGCCUCAAGGCUGAUGCCUCAGGAUUUGAAACAGGCUUUUCAGCACUGUCAGUGCUACCCAAAUACCUGGACUCCUACCAUAUCAAAUAUGUGCACAGCUUCCACUCAGGAGCCUUUGUCUACUUCCUGACUGUGCAGCCUGCUAGUGUGACAGACACUCCUGGUGCCCUGCAAACACGCCUGGCACGGCUCAAUGCUCUGGAGCCGGAGCUAAGUGACUACCGGGAGCUGAUCCUCGACUGCUAUUUUGCACCCAAACGCCGCCGAAGGACCCCAGAGGGCAGGCAGUCUUACCCAGUGCUUCAGGCAGCCCACUCUGCUUAUGUGGGUGCCCAGCUCGCCACUGAACUAAGCAUCCCCGAGGGCCGUGAAGUGCUAUUUGGAGUCUUUGUGACUGGCAGGGGUGGUGGCCCUGGCAUGGGCCCUAACUCUGUAGUCUGUGCCUUCCCCAUUGACCUGCUGAACACUCUAAUCGAUGAGGGUGUGGAACGCUGUUGUGAGUCCCCUGUUAUCCCUGGCCUUCGGCGAGGCCUGGACUUCUUCCAGACACCCAGUUUUUGCCCUAACCCGCCAGUCCCGGAGGCCCCUAGCCCCAACAUCAGCUGCCACUACUUCCCUCUGCGGGUCAGCAGCAGCUUCCAACGUGUGGACUUAUUCAAUGGGCUUUUAGGACCAAUGCAGAUCACUGCACUGUAUGUAACACGCCUUGGCAAUGUCACAGUGGCCCACAUGGGCACAACUGAUGGACGUAUCCUGCAGGUGGAGCUAGCCAGGUCACUCAACUACCUGCUGUAUGUGUCCAACUUCUCAUUGGGCAGCAGUAGGCAGCCCAUUCAGCGAGAUGUCAGUCGCCUCGGGGGCCACUUGUUCUUCGCCUCUGGGGACCAGGUCUUCCAGGUACCUAUCCGAGGCCCUGGCUGCCGCCACUUCCUCACCUGUAGGGGUUGCCUUCAAACACAGCGCUUCAUGGGCUGUGGCUGGUGUGGGGACAUAUGUGGCCGACAGGAAGAGUGUCCUGGCUCGUGGCAACAAGAUCACUGUCCACCUAAGCUUACUCAGUUCUACCCCCACAGUGGGCCACUAAGGGGCAGCACGAGGCUGACCCUGUGUGGCUCCAACUUCUACCGGCACCCUGAUUCUCUGGUACCUGAGGGAACCUAUCAGAUCACAGUGGGCCAAAGUCCCUGCCAGCUGCUGCCUCAGGAUGCCUCAAACCUCAGCCCAGCACCCCAGAAAGACUUCGUAGAGGAGCUUGAGUGUGAGCUGGAGCCCUUGCAUGGCCAGACAGCGGGGACUACCAACGUCAGCCUCACUGUGACUAACAUGCUACCGGGCAGGCACUUCCGUGUAGAUGGCACCUCCAUGCUAGGAGGUUUCUCUUUCAUGGAGCCAGUGCUGACAGCAGUACGACCCCUCUUUGGCCCACGGGCAGGGGGCACUCGUGUCACCCUUGAAGGCCAGGGCCUGUCUGUCGGCACCAGCCGGGCUGUGCUGAUCAAUGGAACUCAAUGCCAGUUGAAACAGGUCAGCGAGGGGCAGAUAGUAUGUGCCACACCCCCUGGUGCUUCUACGGCCAGUGUCCCCCUUGGGCUGCAGGUAGGGGGUGCUGAGGUACCCGGUUCCUGGACCUUUCACUACCAGGAAGACCCCAUUGUGCUGGGUAUCACUCCUAACUGUGGCUACAUUGGCUCCCACGUCACCAUCCAUGGCCAGCAUCUGACUUCAGCAUGGCACCUACUUCUGUCAUUCCAUGAUGGGCAAAGGGAAGUAGAGAACAGGCAGUGUGAUGGGCCACUUCCGGAGCAGCAUCGAUGCCGUCUGCCUGAAUAUGUGAUCCGAGACCCCCGAGGGUGGGUGAUAGGGAAUCUGAGUGUCCAGGGAGAUGGAGCUGCUGGCUUCACACUGCCCAGCUUUCGCUUCCUACCCCCACCUCGUCCACCCAGUGCAGACCUAGCCCCACUGAAGCCUGAAGAACAUGCUGUUAAAUUCCAGUACAUUGGGCUGGAUGCUGUGGCUGACUGUGUGGGUGUGAAUGUGACUGUGGAUGGGGAGAGCUGCCAGCAUGAGCUCCGAGGAGAUGUGGUGGUCUGUCCUGUGCCUCCUUCGGUGCAACUCAGCAAGGAUGGUGUCCCAUUGCAGGUCUGUGUAGAUGGUGACUGUCACAUCCUGGGCAGAGUGGUGCGGCCAGGCCCAGGGGGCAUCCCACAGAACAUACUCCUUGUUGUUCUGCUGGGCUUGCUCCUGCUUGUGGUUUUACUGGCUGCUGCACUAGUCUUCAACUACCAGUGGCGGAGGAAGCAACUGGCACUCUCUGCCCUUGAUGUUCCACAUUCUCCCACUGGUGUCCAUGGAGAAUCCUUCUCAGGCAGCAAGGAAGGGUCCUGUGUCCCUCUGCUGAGGACAGAAUCCAUCCGGCUCAGGGACCUGAACUCUGCACUCGUAGCCGAGGUUAAGGACAUACUGAUUCCUCACGAGCGAGUGAUCACUCACAGUGACCAAGUCAUUGGCAAAGGCCACUUUGGAGUUGUCUACCACGGGGAAUAUACAGACAAGGACCAGAAUCAAAUCCACUGCGCUAUCAAGUCACUGAGUCGCAUUACAGAGGUGCAAGAGGUGGAGGCCUUCCUUCGAGAGGGACUGCUAAUGCGUGGCUUGCACCACCCAAAUGUUCUGGCUCUCAUUGGGAUCAUGCUGCCACCUGAGGGACUGCCGCGUGUGCUGCUGCCUUAUAUGCGCCAUGGAGACCUGCUCCAUUUCAUCCGCUCACCUCAACGGAACCCCACUGUGAAGGACCUCAUCAGCUUCGGCCUGCAGGUAGCUCGUGGUAUGGAGUACCUGGCAGAACAGAAGUUUGUACACAGGGACCUGGCUGCUAGGAACUGCAUGCUAGACGAAUCAUUCAUAGUCAAAGUGGCUGACUUUGGUCUGGCCCGUGACAUCCUGGACAAGGAUUACUACAGUGUCCGUCAGCAACGCCAUGCUUGCCUACCUGUCAAGUGGAUGGCACUGGAGAGCCUGCAGACCUACAGAUUUACCACCAAGUCUGACGUGUGGUCAUUUGGUGUGCUGCUGUGGGAACUGCUAACACGGGGUGCCCCACCAUACCCCCAUAUUGACCCUUUCGACCUCAUCUACUUCCUGGCCCAGGGUCGGCGCCUUCCUCAGCCUGAAUAUUGUCCCAAUUCUCUGUACCAAGUGAUGGAGAGAUGCUGGGAGGCAGACCCAGCAGCACGACCCACCUUCAGAGCACUGGUGAUAGAAAUGGAGCAGGUUGUGGCCUCACUGCUUGGGGAACACUAUGUGCAGCUUUCCACAGCCUAUGUGAACCUGGGCCCUGGCACCUUGAAUGAGGUGAAUGUGCUUUCAGAACAUCCACGGUCCUCACCUGUGCACAGGAGCAUGUCUCGGCCCCGACCCCUCUCAGAGCCACCUCUGCCCACGUGACCUAGGUCCUGGGAAGACCCAUGGGGGCUGAACUUGCUUAGUGUCCUUGAGCUAGCCCCCAGUGGCAUCUGGGCCAUGCCAAGCUGGAGGAUAUGGGGUUUCUACCCUGUGUCUGCCCUUUAAUUUUCAGGGAGGGCAGGAGGGCACAUAGAUCUCUCACUGCACAGAGUGAGCCUGUGAGAGCAAGCCUUCUACAGCACAUAUUUAUGGAGCACCUUCUUUACCAUGCCUGCUGGGCACAGAGGACUCAGCAGUGACACAGAGACACUCACCUUUGAGCCAAUAAAAAUGAAUAUUCAUGUAUAAACUGUGGAAAAUGUUGUGAGAGAAAGAUAGGAGGGAAUGGAGGACUGCUUUAGAUCCAA